AUGGACCGCGACGAUCCGCUAGUUCAGGCCCUGCCCCCAGCGACCGACUAUCUCACAUACCUCACACUCCUUGAAUAUCAGUUGACCCCCGAACGCCUGCCCCUCUUGCACCGCCUGCUGCAAGAUGAGAAGCUUACCACCAACAUUGGCUGGGACCUGGUCAAACUGCUCCUGCCCAUGCUUCCUGCCUCUACGGAGUGCUUGCAGGAUGUAGCUCGCCUAGGAAACCCGCGAGAAGUCAUUUUACGCGUCUGCGAGGCUCUGGAAAAUUUGCAGCCGGAGGAGGACGAUGACGAUGACGAUGAUGACGACGAAGACAAUGAGACGGCAAAGCCGCUGCCAACACAUAUUUUGCAGUUCAACUGCCUCUUGGCUAUGCUAUCAACCUUGCACACCCGUCUUCAGGCAAAACGCCCUAGUCGAUUCAUCGCAACCUCCCUCAAAGCCACACUCGAAGCAUACGAGACGAUGACAUGCGAUGAGACCACCCUUGCCCUACUCGAGUUCUUCCGUGAUCUGUCCCCGAGCAAGCGCCCAGCACCGCCGCCCCGUGCACCCAGCGAGUCGAGCGUCCUGCGGGUCUCAGAGGCAUCCGCACCCGACCCGGAGGCUGAGGUGCUGUCACCGUCGCCGGCAAAGGACAACGAAACACAGCUGGUUCGGAAAUUCAUUCAAUUCGGCCUGCUAGAAAUGCUCAAGUUGUAUCUAUUGAGCUUUUCGGGUCCAAUGGACCCAGGUAUGGCAUGGACGGUCCGGAUGCAGGAAAAAUUGCAUCCUAAUUUGCGGCUGCCGGCACAAUCGCAGACGGACGCAUAUGGGAGCAUCAAGGAGUUGAGGGAGCGGGAUAUGAUUAUGGGGAAGAUUGUGGCUCUUUCACGAGACGUCGGCAUUGACAGCAACGAUCUUCUCUCUAUAAUUGCCCGGUCACCCGUCAACCCGGCUCCUCAACUGGACUUUGAUGAACCUCCAGAGACAGUAGAUCAGAUCCCCCUCGAGCGACACGGAUCUCUACUGCUUUUCGCCGCUCGAGCUGCGGGAGCCAUCCUCUUCGCAUCCUCGACGCACCCAACGCCUUCCUUGCCGGUCUUCCCAGACCUCGCCCAGAUUUUCUCCCACUUCCUCGGGAGUCAGGAUAACUUAGAAGAAGUAGCCUUCGGGCAGCCGCACGUCCUUUUGGAUUCGCUGCUAGCAUUGACUGUCCACGCAACACAAUCAUCCAUUGCCGUGCCCUCAAGCGACGCCGAGUUUAAAGAUUUUGUUAUUACCUUGACCGCAUGCACAGCGUCGCAGAGUUAUGGUAUAGUUCGACAGCUUCCAGCCAGCAUUGUGCAUAGCCAUCCAUCUCCCACCACCCGGUUCGAAGUCAUUCGUCAGAUCCUGGAGAAUGGUCGUCUUCUGUCCGUUCGCGAUAGUGCCAUUUCCUGGCUCAAGGAUGAGAUCAUCGGCACCAAACCCUCCGAGUCAACGGAAGAUACUUUCCACGACCCGCUAUGGUUCUGGUCCAUCUUUCCGCUUCUUCUGCGCCCGGUUGACGUCGAUGCUUCUUCGAAGAAUCUGGUGGCGAGCUGGACUCGUCUCACGCAAACCGAAGGCCCAUCCCUACACUCCGCGCUGAACCUGUACUUCCUCCUACUCUCAUCCAGUGAUCUCCGCGAUCGUUUGCAACUCGAGAAGACGGUCAAGUACUUCCGCAGCAGGGUGCUCGUCCCACUUCGACAGCUUUUCCGUGCUUUCGAAGGUGAUCUCGCGGCCAAGGGUGGCGACGGCUUGAUUGAAGCGGCCGUCGGGGAGGAAAUGUGCCAGGUCGGCAUUGCCCGGUCUGUGGGGCUGAUUGGGCUUACUCUCGAUCAGAUUGAGGAAGUGAUCAACGAGCACUUUGGAACUGACGACGCAGAUCUCAAGGAGUACUCCAUUGAUGAGAAGGUUUUGGUUGCGGAGAUUAGCAAGAAAACGGAAGCCUUUGGGUCGAAUUAG